AGCAGGGAGUGAACGACACAAAGCUUAUUGCAGAAGGGAAUGACAAGGACAGAUGGCAUUAACAGAACUCUGCUUGUAAAUACCCUUUCCUUGUCCUUUAAUCCGUCUAUAAAUGGGAUAUUUAUUUAUUAGGGUUGCUGACCCCCCUGUUUUCAGUUUUCAAAUGGGGAGUCACUGACCCCCUUCAGCCAAAAGCCUUUGGAACUGUGAGGCGACACAUUUAUUGUUGUUGACACUUUGUAUUGCUCAUUGUUUAUAUGAAAGCCUCUGCUUUCAGUAUUUCAUUGGGAGCUGCCUUAGGUUAUUUGACAACAAACCCUCAGAACUACUAUCUUCUCACUGUAUUUGCAUAAGAUGCAAAUAAAACUCUGCCCUGAGGUACACUACUUUGCCUAUAGAACACUCCAUAAAGAGGCUGGUUGCCAAUAGCAGCACAAGUAGAGGGCGGAAGAGGCUGCUCGGGAGGCAUCUGCGCUGCAGGAGGGCGGAAGUGACGAGUUUGGUUGGAAAGCACGAAGUUGGCUGUCGGAAGUGAUUUUGUCUAGAGACGGGGCAGGUUUGGAUGAACAAUGGCGGCGAGUGGUCGUAAGCGGCUUUUGCAGCUGGUGACUCGGUUCGGGGUUUUGCUGCUGACCCGCUGCCCGUUCUGGUUCUGCUUUAGUCAGCUGAUGUUGUACGCGGAGCGGGCCGAAGCUAAGAGAAAGCCGGACAUUUCCGUUCCGUACCUGUAUAUCGACCUCGCCGUGGCCGUUGUCUGCGCCAGUUUCAUGUCGUUCGGGGUGAAGAGACGUUGGUUCGCUCUCGGUUCUGCUUUGCAACUUGCCAUCAGCACCUACGUGGGUCACAUCGGAGGACAUGUUUAUUAUGGCGACUGGCUGAAGGUAAUUAAACCCGCCCUUCCUCAUGUCUCCGUGUUUAUUCUCAUUCAUUAUAUAUUGACUUCUUCCCCUUGUCCGCAGGUUCGGAUGUAUUCCCGUAUCAUCGCUGUCAUUGGCGGUUUCCUGGUCUUGGCCAGCGGCGCGGGAGAGAUUUACAGGCAGAAGCCGCGCAGUCGCUCGUUGCAGUCCACGGGUCAGGUCUUCCUUGGUAUUUACCUCAUCUGUGUAGCUUACACUCUGCAGCACAGUAAAGACGACAGACUGGCGUAUCUAGACUUCAUCCCGGGGGGAGAGCCUGCGCUUCAGAUCCUCUUUGUCCUGUACGGGGUCCUGGCUCUGUCUUUCCUCUCUGGAUAUUACGUCCGUUCCACAUCUCAGGUCCUGGCCGUGCUGCUGCCCUUUUCUCUGCUCCUCAUCGACGGCAACCUCGGCUACUGGCACAGCUCCCGCAAGGUGGAGUUCUGGAAUCAGAUGCGCUUGAUUGGUCAGAACGUGGGCAUCUUUGGGGCGGUCGUCAUAUUGGCCACAGAUGGUUAAAUCACAGGUAUAUGGGACAGAAUAUGACAUUAUAUUGACUGACAGUUGCAGCGGCUGCAGAGCGUUUCUCCUUCAUUUCCAUUCCAGCCGUUGGAACGCCCCAAUUCUGGAGAGAAGAAACCUGGAACCAACAACACACGGGAGAGGGGGCACCUGCAGCCCAUCCCUCCAUUAAUUUAAAACUUCUAAACUUUUAAAGAACCUUCCGCAGAAAAUGUCUCUUAAAUAUCUAAAUGCAAGGAAUGCGUCUGAUUUAUUGCUCAUACUCCACAUGAAUUUAUAUGGAUUCUGCAGAGCAUCUCCCCUUUGCAUGAGUCACUACUGCUGGAAUGAUCACCCCCUAAUUAUCAGCACCUCGGCAGAAUAAUGGUGUCUGUGUGUGAGCUUGUUCUAAUACACGUCUUUUUAUUCUU